GUUUCCCCCUGGUUCCCCCUGGCUCCCCUCCGGCUGCGGCCCCGCCUCGGUCGCGGCCAACGUCAGCAGGCGUUGGGGCCGAGCCCCCCACCCUCCCUCCCUCCCUCCGCCCGCAGGAUCUGCCGUCCCGCCCGUUCCCUCUCCCCUCGCACGGCGUUGGACGGUAGCAGGCGCCGCGGCCGCCGCCUCCUCAGCCCAGCCCGCUGCUUCUCCCUCCUCUCCCCCUCUUCGAGAGCCGUGCAGCGCGAAGAUGGCGGCGUACAAAUUCCUCCUGCCGCCGCUCCGCCGCCGCAUCCUUCUUCCCGCCGCGCGGGCGCGGGGCGCCGGGGCUGAGAUUUGUGGAUGCUAUUUUUCUACCAGCUGUCAUCACAACACUAAAUUUUAUACUGAUCCUGUUGAAGCUGUAAAAGACAUACCCAAUGGGGCAACUAUACUUGUUGGUGGUUUUGGAUUGUGUGGGAUUCCUGAAAACCUCAUUGGGGGUUUACUGAAGACUGGAGUAAAGGGAAUAACAGCAGUCAGUAAUAAUGCAGGUGUUGAAAACUUUGGACUUGGUCUUCUGCUUCAGACCAAGCAGAUAAAACGUAUGGUGUCGUCAUAUGUUGGAGAGAACGCCGAGUUUGAACGCCAGUAUUUAUCUGGUGAGCUUGAAGUUGAGCUUACACCUCAGGGUACACUUGCUGAACGUAUUAGAGCAGGAGGAGCAGGAAUCCCAGCAUUUUACACAAGUACUGGCUAUGGGACCCUGGUGCAGGAAGGUGGUGCACCUAUCAAAUACAACAAAGAUGGGACCAUUGCUAUUGCUAGCCAGCCAAGAGAGGUGCGAGAGUUUGAUGGUCGUCACUUUAUACUGGAGAAGUCGAUUACAGGAGAUUUUGCUCUCGUGAAGGCAUGGAAGGCAGAUUCUGCAGGAAACAUAAUUUUCAGGAAAACUGCAAGAAACUUCAACCAACCUAUGUGCAAAGCUGCAAAGACAACUGUGGUAGAGGUGGAAGAAAUUGUUGAUGUAGGAGCAUUUGCCCCUGAAGACAUUCAUGUUCCCAAAAUUUAUGUUGAUCGUCUGAUAAAAGGAGAGAAGUUUGAAAAGAGAAUUGAACGCUUAUCAAUCCGAAAGCCUGAAGACUCAAAAGCCAAACAAAAACAAGGAGACAAUGUGAGGGAGAGGAUCAUCAGAAGGGCUGCUUUAGAGUUUGAGGAUGGCAUGUAUGCCAAUCUAGGUAUUGGAAUCCCACUACUGGCUAGUAACUUCAUCAGUCCAGACAUAACUGUUCACUUACAGAGUGAAAAUGGAGUCCUGGGUUUGGGUCCUUAUCCACUUGAAUAUGAAGUCGAUCCAGACCUGAUUAACGCAGGUAAGGAGACAGUCACUGUUCUUCCAGGUUCUUCUUAUUUCUCUAGCGAUGAAUCAUUUGCAAUGAUAAGAGGAGGCCACGUUGAUUUGACAAUGCUUGGAGCUAUGCAGGUAUCUAAGUACGGUGACCUGGCCAACUGGAUGAUUCCUGGUAAGAUGGUGAAAGGAAUGGGAGGUGCCAUGGACCUUGUAUCCAGUGCACAGACGAAAGUGGUUGUUACUAUGGAGCACUCAGCCAAGGGCAAUGUCCAUAAAAUCUUGGAAGAGUGCAGUUUACCACUUACAGGGAAACAAUGUGUAAACCGCAUCAUUACAGAGAAGGCUGUGUUUGAUGUGGAUAAGAAGAAGGGAUUGACCCUUGUGGAAAUAUGGGAAGGACUGACAGUGGAUGAUAUUAAGAAAAGCACUGGCUGUGACUUCACCGUUUCACCAAAACUAAUACCAAUGAGGCAGAUUUAAAAGUGAAAUACAGUCUGGGCUUAACUUGCCAGAAGUCUUGUUUCCAAAUGGGAGCUCAGUGAAGAGAAAUGGAUGCCUGUUUUGCUAUUUUACUUCUUUUUUUUUCUUAAGGGCUUUGUAAGUAGUUUCCAGAUAGUUAAACUCAGGCUGUGACUAUCAGCCUAAAUUGUAUUUUCCUUUCAUAACAUUACCAAUUUUAAUGGAAGGGUGAAUUUAUUCCCUAAAUCCUAAAAUGUUAAUGAAGAUUGUAAAAAAAUUGCCUUGUAGACUCUGCCAAAUAGUGCAUUUUUUACACAGCUUCAGGAAAUGACCAUGCAAAACUUACGAUUGUCUCUGCUUUUCCUGAUGUCAUUAAACUUACAAUUCAGUCCAUUGCUAUGGAGCUACAGCACUUACUGUGUCCAUUCUCCUGUAACAGUGUGUGAGGGGUUUUGAUGUCAUCUAUAGCACAUAUAUGCAGCUGUAGAUAAUCAUCAAGAAUAUGGACUUCUCUUUUCCUGAAACUUUCAAUGAGUCUGACAAAAUUGUUUAUACCAUACCAUUUGGUUAUACCAAAUAACUGGGUCCUUAGGUCUGAAUGUAUCUAUUUCCACAUUAUGUGUCUGUUGGCAUUUAGAUGCCUACACCUUCCAAAGUCCAACUCUGACCCUUCUAUUGAAAUCAUACAAACCAGAAUGAGCCUCAUACGAAGGAGGAAGAUCAAAAAGUCUCUGUUCUCACACAGACAGCUGGUAGCUACGCAAUUGUUCCACAUGAACCACUCUUGUCUUCAGAUAAAAUCCUUUUCCCAAGCCCCCAUUGAAAGGCAAAUGAAGAUUGUUUCUGGAGUGAGGUCUGUCCUUCCAGUGUUUCAUAGAGAAACAGCAGAAGAGAAUGUGGUGGGCACUGGGAAUAUUCUUCUGAAGAGAGUACAGUUGGUUAAUGGUAAAAAGCAGUAAAUUUGCACCACUUGCCAAUCAAGGCACCAGCAAAAAAUAGUUUGGAACCCAGUAGUGAUAACUAGAAUGAAUGCCUAAGAGACAAUCAAAAUGAAGCUUUUCUUUCAUAAUGGUUCUGCUAUUGUUAAAGGUCUUCCUUUCCUUGUUACUAAUGACAAAAUUACUGUUAUUUUUGCAAAUAGGUAAUAUGACAGCAUUGGGUCUCACAUCCGAAAUCAUCACAGUAUGUCUUUAUAAUACAGAGCAUGAAUUGACUGGAAAUGUUCUCCCCAAGUAGAUGUUAUGUAAUUAUGUCAAGAUAUGUUAUGUUAAGACCUGAAACUACAUGGAUCAAAGUGUUCCAGAGUAUCUUAAUCCAGGAUUAGCACAAGUUAAUUUUUACCCACUUUUAGUUUUCACCAAUUUUCCUUGUUUAGGUGUACUCUCUCUGUUAUUUACUCAUUCCAAAUAAGUAACUUGCUUAAAGUUUGGCCAUUUCUAUUGCUCUGCUUAUGGAGGUUUUGCAGAUUACAGGUCUCUAUAUAACAAAAGUUCACUCAUUAUGAAACAGUUUUGUUUGCAAAAACACAGAGGCCUCUUCCCCAGUCCAUAAGGACACUUCAGUGACAAUUCUGACCCUUGUGCUGUACACAGCAAAGGGUGCCUAUCUUUUCCUUAAGGGACAAGGAUAGGUGAAGAGCUACUCUAAGGGAGUGGUACAGUCCCUGAAGGUGUCUUGUUCAUUGGCACUCAGGGCUCUCUUAGAGAAUACCCAGAAUGGAUGCUGUUUUUAGGGGAGGAGUAUAAAAAAUAUUAUACAUGGGAAGAUGUUGCUGUUAACUUAUCCAGGGAAAAAAAGGUAUAUUUAAAUACAUGGGGAAGUCUUAAGCCCAAUAAUGAAAUGUUCAUCUCUUGCAAUUACUGAUACUAUUAGUUGUAGGACUGACUAGUUAAUUACAGCAAACAUUUCUAACACAUAUUGAGUAUCAGGAGAAGUAUCUGAGGGCAGCAUUAGGCAUAUCCUGCUUCUGUGAUAGGGUUAUGUUUUGCUGGUAUACGCACAGAAGCCAUAAUUGUCAUUAAUAUAUGGCUAUAAAGAGACUAAUGACCUGAUAAUGUCUGGGAGUUCCACACCUUGUUUUCUGAAAGCAAAGAAUUAGGAGCCAAUAACUUCUAGGUUUCAGCUUUUCCAGUUCUCCACUUUUGGCCUUGAAAACACCUGGGCUCUUUGCCAUGUCUCCUGUUGCUAGAAAGGAGAUGGCUUUCUUCCUACCUCACAGGGAUGUUGUGAGGAAUAACCAGAUAAGGUCUGCACAAUAGUUAUUUUUUCUCUUCAACUUGGGGAUAACACUUGAUCAACAGUGUGAGAGAGUACUUGAAGACUGUCACACAUGCUGGAUGUUUGAGUUUUGUGUCUUCUCUUAUUUGUAUCAGUGUUAAUGUUAGACAGUGGAAGUCAAUAUACUCUGAAAACUGGGGGAGAAAGGAGAACAGCCUCUCUCUGAAUACAACAAUGGUGCAAAUACCUGUAUUUCACACUUAAUUUUUUUUUAAUCCUGAGGACAAUAUACUGGGGAUAGAAUAUUGGUAUUGUUAUGAAAAUAUAAUGUGUCCACAGUUUCAACAAUCUCUUAUUCCACUUUUUAAAAUGAUUUGUAAAGUGAUUGUAGUAGAAGUAGAAGCUGAAGCACUCCUAAGUAUUUCCCUCUCUGUGGAUGCAAGCAUGGUUUAUAGUUGUGAUGAUCAGUAUUCCAGGGGUGAGAGCUUCUUAUUCCUUUUUGCUGGUUGAGGGUAUGCAUGAAGUUUUAUUGGAGUAUCAUCACUGAGGCCGUCCACUGGUUGACAGCACUUCACAAUACAUGAACAGUUGACACUCUUUGUCCUGAAGACAACGAUGGUUCUACUCUAUUAUCAUAUUGGACUUACUUCACUUUAUAUUUUAUUGACUUUUUUCCCAAAAAAAGCAAAUUAGAAAAAUGAAGCAUUAUAGAAAACACAGUUGUACUAUAAGCCCUGCAAACUAAACUGCAAAGUGCUUCUAUGUAUUUGCAAAGUAAUUAAUGAAAUAAAGAUUACAAAUCUGGUGUUCCA